AUGGCUGUCCUGGGACCUUCCCCAUGCCCCUUAGGAUUCCCGGAAGUGCCUCCUUACUACGGCCUCUCGGAGGGGGAGGCGGCGGGGCGCCCCCCGGGGUCGGACCCCCUGGACCCGACAGACCUCAACGGGGCGCACUUCGACCCGGAAGUGUAUCUGGACAAGGCGCACGGGAUGCUGAAGCUUUACUACGGCCUCUCGGAGGGGGAGGCGGCGGGGCGCCCCCCGGGGUCGGACCCCCUGGACCCGACAGACCUCAACGGGGCGCACUUCGACCCGGAAGUGUAUCUGGACAAGCUGCGCAGAGAGUGCCCCCUGGCCCAGCUGAUGGACAGCGAGACGGACAUGGUGCGGCAGAUCCGGGCCCUGGACAGCGACAUGCAGACCCUGGUCUAUGAGAACUACAACAAGUUCAUCUCGGCCACAGACACCAUUCGCAAGAUGAAGAAUGAUUUCCGGAAGAUGGAGGAUGAGAUGGACCGGCUGGCCACCAACAUGGCUGUGAUCACAGACUUCAGCGCGCGCAUCAGUGCCACACUGCAGGACCGCCACGAGCGCAUCACCAAGCUGGCAGGGGUCCACGCGCUGCUGCGGAAGCUGCAGUUCCUCUUCGAGCUGCCCUCGCGCCUCACCAAGUGCGUGGAGCUGGGCGCCUACGGGCAGGCAGUGCGUUACCAGGGCCGUGCGCGAGCUGUGCUGCAGCAGUACCAGCACCUGCCCUCGUUCCGUGCCAUCCAGGAUGACUGCCAGGUCAUCACAGCUCGUCUGGCCCAGCAGCUACGGCAGCGCUUCAGGGAGGGAGGCUCCGGUGCCCCUGAGCAGGCGGAAUGCGUGGAGCUGCUGCUGGCCCUGGGCGAGCCCGCAGAGGAGCUGUGUGAGGAGUUCCUGGCACAUGCCCGAGGGCGGCUGGAGGAAGAGCUGAAAAGCCUGGAGGCAGAGCUGGGGCCCUCCCCUCCUGCCCCUGACGUGUUAGAAUUUACCGACCGCGGAGGCAGCGGCUUUGUGGGUGGCCUCUGCCAGGUGGCCACAGCCUACCAGGAGCUGUUUGCGGCCCAGGGCCCAGCAGGUGCGGAGAAGCUGGCGGCCUUUGCCCAGGAGCUGGGCGGCUGCUACUUUGCGCUGGUGGAGAGGCGGCUGGCGCAGGAGCAAGGUGGCAGUGACAACUCGCUGCUGGUGCGGGCACUGGACCGCUUCCACCGGCGCCUGCGAGCUCCGGCCCGGGAGCGCCUGGGCCACCACCUGCAGGGCCUGCGGGCGGCCUUCCUGGGCUGCCUAACGGACGUGCGGCAGGCGCUGGCUGCACCUCGCUUGGCCGGGAAGGAAGGCCCUGGCCUGGCCGAGUUGCUGGCCAAUGUGGCCAGCUCCAUCCUGAGCCACAUCAAGGCCUCGCUGGCUGCUGUACACCUCUUCACCGCCAAGGAGGUGUCUUUCUCCAACAAGCCCUACUUCCGGGGCGAGUUCUGCAGCCAGGGCGUCCGUGAGGGCCUCAUCGUGGGUUUCAUCCGGUCCAUGUGCCAGACGGCUCAGAGCUUCUGUGACAGCCCUGGGGAGAAGGGAGGUGCCACGCCACCUGCCCUGCUCCUGCUCCUCUCCCGCCUCUGCCUGGACUAUGAGACGGCCACCAUCUCCUACAUUCUCACCCUCACUGACGAACAGUUUCUGGUGCAGGACCAGUCUCCAGUGACACCUGUGAGCACACUGUGUGCAGAGGCCAGGGAGACGGCACGGCGGCUGCUGACCCACUAUGUGAAGGUGCAGGGCCUGGUCAUAUCGCAGAUGUUGCGCAAGAGUGUGGAGACGCGGGACUGGCUCAGUACCUUGGAGCCCCGGAAUGUGCGCGCUGUCAUGAAGCGGGUGGUGGAGGACACGACGGCUAUUGAUGUGCAGGUGGGGCUCCUGUACGAAGAGGGUGUCCGCAAGGCCCAGAGCAGUGACUCCAGCAAGAGGACCUUCUCCGUGUACAGCAGCUCCCGGCAGCAGGGCCGCUAUGCACCCAGCUAUACACCCAGUGCCCCAAUGGACACCAACCUCUUGAGCAACAUCCAGAAGCUGUUCUCUGAGCGUAUUGAUGUGUUCAGCCCUGUUGAGUUCAACAAGGUGUCAGUGCUGACCGGCAUCAUCAAGAUCAGCCUGAAGACGCUGCUGGAGUGCGUGCGGCUGCGCACCUUUGGGCGCUUUGGGCUGCAGCAGGUGCAGGUGGACUGCCACUUUCUGCAGCUCUACCUGUGGCGCUUCGUGGCCGACGAGGAGCUUGUGCACCUGCUGCUGGACGAGGUGGUGGCCUCAGCUGCCCUGCGAUGCCCGGACCCAGUGCCCAUGGAACCCAGUGUGGUAGAGGUCAUCUGCGAGCGCGGCUAGGCCAGGCCAUUGUCAUGCACAGGCUGGCCAGCUGCCCCAACCCGCGCAUCCCUGGACCUCUAGUCCCCGCGGCCCUUCCCCUCUCACGCAAGACCCAAAAAAUAAAGAUGUGCCGUCUCCUCCCUCUGGCUUGCAGGGGCGGGACUUGAGGAGGUGGAGUUGUGAGGCUGA